GAGACUUUUCCCGGGAGACCCUCCCAGGAGGAGGAUGGGCGGCAGAGGCAGCAAAUUAAACUGCUACAAAUCCCCCAACAAGAGACACCAAGAGGAAGGGCAGCUACCAAGGCCUGAGCCCAUAGAGCUUGGCCCCCUUCAAGAAAGCAAAGACCCAAAUACCCAUCUCUUUCAUGAUGAACAGCAGCAACUAGAUAUGGUCCACAUUCUCCAGAAGCAUCAAGAAGAGUCAGAGAAGCUGAGACCAGAGCAUCAGUUCAGGGAAGUGGAAAUCCAGGUGGUGGAUGAACAGGAAUUAGAACUUCGUGAAAAACUUGCUGAGCAACUCCAAGUGCUGCAAAGGGAGCAUGAAGAGACCUUGCAAGCACUUCAAGUCUCACAUGAAAAGGAGAAGAUGACCCUCAUGGAGGCCUUCCAGGCAGCCAAGGCAGCCUUACAGGAGACCAUAGAAGGACUAACUUCUCAGAUGGAGGUCUUCCAGACCAAGAUAAAGAGAGUAGAAGAAUCUAUCCUGAGCAGAGAUUACAAGAAGCAUAUCCAGGACUAUGGGAGCCCUAGCCAAUUUUGGGAGCAGGAGUUGGAAAGUCUGCACUUUGUCAUUGAAAUGAAGAAUGAACGUAUCCAUGAAUUGGACAGAAGGCUGAUCCAAAUGGAAAUAGAGAAAGAGAAAAACUUGUCAUUAGAAGAGAAAAUUACAAUGCUGCAGCAAGAAAACGAGGACCUUCGGGUUCAGGGACAGAACCAUCAAAGGGUAUCAAGGCAACUCUCAGAGGAUCUUUUUCUUGUUCGUGAGGCCCUGGAGAAGGAGUCACAGCUCCGUCAACAGAUCCAACAGGAGAAAGAAGAGCUAUUAUAUCGGCUUGUCACCAGCGAUUCCCCAGCAGCCUUUCAACUGACCUCUUCUAAAGUGUCCUACCUUGCUACGUAG